AUUUUCCAUUGCCACAAAAACAAAUUCGAGCUCGAGCAAUAUAAUAAUGGCUUCCAUCGCUAUCUUCCAUAGAGUUCUUUGUAGUACAUCGCCUUCAUGUUUACACCCAAAAGGUUACCAGGGAACUCAAGCCUUAUCAUCUCAGUUUCUUUCUUCAAACUCUCUGCUCAAGUUGAAGAAGCAAACCGCCUUCUCAACUGUGCGAUUCAGGAAGCUUAACAGCCGUAGAUUUCAGGCACAACCUUCCUUCAUCUACGCUGUCCAGUCCAAUUUCCUUAAAGUGAUUCAAACGGUGUGGAGGGUUGGCAAGGAUGGAAUUGAUGCCGGAACUAACCUGGUGCCUGAUUCUAUCCCAAGGCCAUUGGCUAGAAUAUCUGUCACCGUAGUUGCUGUUACCUUAGCACUCUUUCUGCUCAAAUCAUUCCUCUCUACUGCCUUCUUUGCAUUGGCCACAAUGGGAGUGAUAUAUUUUGCAUUCAUAGCCUUAAACAAGGAUGAAAGCCCAAGAGUAGAUGGCAAAACAACUUCAGUGGACGAGAGUUUAGAAGAGGCAAGAAGAAUCAUGGAUAAGUACAAAUAACAAAUGCAACAUGGCGGCCGUGCAACAGAAUCUGUGGUUCUCAGCUCAAAAUGUAAAGAUUUCUUAGACUCUAGAUCAUGAAAUGAUGAGUAUAUUUCUUUGAAUAUUUUGGGCAUGACAACAAUAGAAGUAUAUUUUAUUGAACUUAAAAUCUUGAACUUGUACACAGUAGAAAUUGUUCCUCUACAUACACUUCUACAUAGGAUGAGAGAUUGAAAGGAAAAGUCUUGUUGUGCUCCAUAGAGAAACAUUUUAGUUUACCCCAAGACAAACCCGUUGCAGCAAACUCCAUCCAAUGAAGUAUAUGUGAAGCACUAAUCUUCCAUGCUGAUGAUGCAUCUUAGGCCUUCGCCUCUCAGCAUGUACUCAAAUGCUUUAUUGAUUUCAGAGAAUGGAAUGCGGUGAGUUAUAAACUUCUCCACCUCCAGUUUCUGCAAGAUCGAGGGUUGAAGGUAUGUAACGCAUACUUGAUAAUCUAUAAUUGUAUUAAGAGUGUGUGGAAUAGUUGAUAAAAUUUGAGCACAAUUCUAGUA